AUGCCACCCCGGAUACAGAGCCGGACUGUGUCCAACACCCUUCUUCCCUACCUCACAGCUACCUCCUCUUCCUCUUCCUCACUUUCCUCUCUACCUUCAUUAGCCCCUACAUCAUCACAAUGCAUUUCCCGCCAAUUCUCUGCCACGGCAGCACCACGGGGGCAGACCAAACUCCGUCGGCAGAUGUUCGAAUGGCUUGACGGCGAAGGAGCCGUUUUCAAGCACCAUAUUCCUGGACAAACCAACUAUGUUACUAGCUUAAAGCAGCGAGACAACGAGGGCUCGGACAAGGCCCGUCCGUUCCCCAACAACCAAAAUUUCUUCAGCGAGCCUAUCCUCAGUGAGGAGCUACGGAAUGAGGUCUAUAACCGCGUUGUUGAACAGAAGAAGAGUGCCCGCGUUGUCAGCGUGGAACUUGGAAUCGAUAUGAAACGUAUCGCUGCCGUCGUGAGAUUGGUAGAAUUGGAGAAGAGACAGCGCGCACAGGGUAAACCCCUAGCACUGCCAUAUGCCCGGGCCAUCCAUGAGAUGGUCCCCAUUACCCCCUCGCCGAGAAAGGCGAGCGUCAACAAUAUCACGAACCCAUCAACGACCUCCCCGCCCACCCCCUGA